AUAUUGAUCCAGCUAGCCGAUCGUUAGCUCUUGUGUAAGGAUGGUGCCUGUAGUGUGUCAGUUUUUGUUCGUUGUUUCUGGCUAAAGAUAUUUGGCAUUUGGCGGCUUUAAUGUUCCGUGCAGCUAAUCUAAAAACUAUCGGCAAAGCGGGAACCGGCUGGCACUUUCGCCGGACGAUGGACGAGCUGGUCCAUGACCUGGUUUCAGCACUGGAGGAGAGCUCAGAGCAAGCUGCGCGUGGUGGUUUUGGUGAUGGAGGAGACCAUGCCCUGGCAGUGGGCUGUCUGCUGAAGAGGCAGGCUCGGAAGCGGAGGGGUAGAAAACGACGCUCGGACAACCCACACCCACCCUGGGAGACAGGCCACCUCAGUGAGGGUUCAGAAUCCAGUGUGGAGGAACAUAAGGACUACCGUGCCAGUACAGGAGGUGUUUCUGCUGCCAACAGCCAUGCCCGUGACAACAGUGACUCAGAUGAACAACUUGGCCCUAAACGGCGCACCCCCCUGACUGCUGACAUGGGGCGAGGCAAGCGGCCACUUUGGCCUGACGACCUGGGUGUCCUGGGGUCUGCAGAAGGAACUCGCAGCCUCAGACGGCGACGUAAGGUCAAACGUAUGGCUGUAGACCCACCUGUAGAACCAGAACCCCCCUCCGCCACAAUGCUCGGGCCUCCACCUGUCCCCAAAGCCCGUGUUGGUGGAAGGCCACAUAGACUGGGUACAAAUGAGGACAGGGGUGCCAUGGAGCUGGGUGGAGGUGGCUUGGUAGGGCCAGGGGGAGGGAAGAACAGGGUGAAGAAGAGGAAACUGGCCACCCACAGGCUGGGAGUGGAGGCUGCAGAUGAAGGGGUGGUGGUGGAGAGUGAGGACCCCAUCUCUUCUCCAGUGGAAGGGUCCAAGGACAAGAUGGAGUUGGAGGAGCAGAAAGGCUCGGAUGAGGACAUGAGUGACAGGUGUGAAACCAGCAGUGUCAGUAACAGCAGUGACGGUGGCCUCUACACCAAUGAUGAGGGGAGACAAGGUGACGACGAGCAGAGUGACUGGUUCUAUGAGGGUGAGCCGGGCUCUGGUUCAGGGCCUGGAGGUGCAUGCGGGAUAGCGGGAGUGGUUCCCUGGUGGGAGAGGGAGACGGGGUCAGAGGAGCUGGACCUAACUGACCCAGUCUUCAACAGCAUCCUCACGGGAUCCUUCCCACUCAUGAGCUCUGGAGCACAGAGAGGUUUCCAGGCCAGACUGAGUCGACUCCAUGGAAACCAGCAGGUGUCUGAGGCGGGGUUGCAGGGCAGCUCCAGCCAAGGCUUCAACGACAGACUGGGUAGACAAACCCAGGACUCUCAUGAGCCGUGGUUUAGCUCGGGUUCGAGGAGAGAACACGGACAGUUGCACUGGGACCCACGGACAGACAGAGGGCAUCGGAGAAGCUGCUCGGUAAAAACAGCCAGCAGACAGACCAGUGGGCACCUGGGAUCUCUGUGUACAGGGGAUGUCAAGCGGAGGCGAAAAGCAGCCCCCCUCGGUUCCACCGCCCCCCCAGGAGUGGUCGGGGAGAAUGCUCCUCCCAUCCCAGACACAAACAUGGGGAACCGCAUGUUGCAGAGCAUGGGCUGGAGCCCGGGGAUGGGCCUGGGUCCAGAGGGAAGGGGCAUCACCGAGCCCAUCCGGGCAACACAGAGACCCAAAGGCACAGGUCUAGGUUUCAACUGAACACCCAGUUUCUUGAUCCUGAACCUGAAGCAGACUGGGACGAGACGGUCCGAGAGCUACAAGGACUGACAGGAUGAAAUGCUGCUCGGGAUGAUGAACAAUAGUAAAAGGUCCAGAUUAAUCCAGGCAUGUGAGUCAGGAGAAGGCAAGGAGGGAGGCUUGUUUUAGCAACACAGUCUGAGCUGAAAGAGAAACCUUCCCAUAUUGGGGAAACUGCAAGAAGCCUGGGAUAUCCACACAGACAUGAGAGUGAAUGACUGCAACUGAGCUGGAGAAAAUACAUCUUGCAAACAUGUCCUCUGAAGAAACUCCAUGUUGGAGAAAAUAAAUGACAUUAAUGCCUCAUUGUUAGUGUGUUAAGCUGGCAUGCCGCCUCAGCCCUGUUACCUCAGAUGCCAGCGUUAUAGACCUCAGACUUGAGGUAUUGUUGAUCAUAUACCAAGAGCAGCUCUCUAGAGUGCGCCAGUGAUGACAGUGCGGUUUGCUUUCGGUCAGUGGUAUUGGUUAGUGAAUUAAUGAUAAGUGGUUUUGUCCAAUACUGUACAAGCAUGUUGGAAUCAAAGACUUGAGUAGGCCAUACCUCAAGAUUUAUUUUAGACUCCUUUUAUUCUAAUGAGGUUAGGGUGCACUGUAUGAAUAUUUUUUUGGAUAGCUGGAUGUUUUUCCCAUCCAUUUUAUCGUUCAUUUAGUGAAAAAGUCAUGUCAUCAGAAUGUUUUUAUCUACCCAGAAACAAAGAAGAUAAAAAUCAAAACCACAGUUUUCCCUUCAUUUAGCACCACUAUGUAUGCAUGUGCAGCUCUGUGCUGCAGGUUACUGCUGAUGUUUACUAUGAAAACAAUCGUCUGGAAACGUGAGGUAAAGUCUUUACAACAACUUGCUCAGCUCUCCUAUUUUACCCAGUUUGUUUAGGUAUUUUAUCCUGACAAAUGUUUGUACUCCAGACUGCAGUAUUAGCCUACCAUGGCCAUGCACCGUGACUUCACACACAGUAUAAAUCAAAAUGAAAUAUAUGACAACUGAAUAUAUGAUAUCAGGUUAAGCGUUUCAGUGUUUUCCAUGCAGGUUUGCAAAAUCUGGUGAAGUGCAGAAAUAUAAUGAAUGAAUAUAGCUAAUUUCAGUGUGCGGAAUUUGGAAAAAUAAAUGAAGGAAUAUGGCUGUCAUAUUACACAUUAAAAGGCCCUACAUACC